AUGCAGGCACACACACACAUAAACACACACACCACCACCACCCUGCACCAUCACUGCUGCAGCCCUCACCACUCACCACCCUCACUGCAGCAGUCACCACCACACAACACCCUCACUGCUGCAGUCCCCACCACUCACCACCCUCACUGCUGCAGUCCCACCACUCACCACACUCACUGCUGUAGUCCCCACCAAUCUCCCCCCUCACUGCUUCAGCCCCCACCACUCACCACCCUCACUGCUGCAGUCCACACCACACACCACCCUCACUGCUUCAGCCCCCACCACUCACCACCCUCACUGCUGCAGUCCACACCACUCACCACCCUCACUGCUUCAGCCCCCACCACUCACCACCAUCACUGCUUCAGCCCCCACCACUCUCCCCCCUCACUGCUUCAGCCCCCACCACUCACCCCCUUCAAUUCUUCAGUCCUCACCACACUCACUGCUGCAGCCCCCACCACUCACCCCCUUCAAUGCUUCAGCCCUCACCACCCUCACUGCUUCAGCCCCCACCACUACCCCCUUCAAUGCUUCAGCCCUCACCACCCUCACUGCUGCAGCCUCCACCACUCACCCCCUUCAAUGCUUCAGCCCUCACCACACUCACUGCUGCAGCCCCCACCACUCACCCCCUUCAAUUCUUCAGCCCUCACCACCCUCACUGCUUCAGCCCCCACCACUCACCCCCUUCAAUGCUUCAGCCCUCACCACACUCACUGCUGCAGCCCCCACCACUCACCCCCUUCAAUGCUUCAGCCCUCACCACCCUCACUGCUGCAGCCUCCACCACUCACCACCCUCACUGCUUCAGCCCUCACCACCCUCACUGCUGUAGCCCCCACCACUCACCACCCUCAAUGCUUCAGCCUUCAGUACCCUCACUGCUUCAGCCCCCACCACUCUCCCCCUCACUGCUUCAGCCCCCACCACUCACCACCCUCACUGCUUCAGCCUACACCACUCUCCACCCUCACUGCUUCAGCCCCCACCACUCUCCCCCCUCACUGCUUCAGCCCUCACCACUCACCACCCUCACUGCUUCAGCCCCCACCACUCACCACCAUCACUGCUUCAGCCCCCACCACUCUCCCCCCUCACUGCUUCAGCCCCCACCACUCACCCCCUUCAAUGCUUCAGCCCUCACCACACUCACUGCUGCAGCCCCCACCACUCACCCCCUUCAAUUCUUCAGCCCUCACCACCCUCACUGCUUCAGCCCUCACCACCCUCACUGCUGCAGCCUCCACCACUCACCACCCUCACUCCUCCCUCACCACCCUCACUGCUUCAGCCUCCACCACUCUCCACCCUCACUGCUUCAGCCCCCACCACUCUCCCCCCUCACUGCUUCAGCCCUCACCACCCUCACUGCUGCAGCCUCCACCACUCACCACCCUCACUCCUGUAGCCCCCACCACUCACCACCCUCACUGCUUCAGCCCUCACCACCCUCACUGCUGUAGCCCCCACCACUCACCACCCUCAAUGCUUCAGCCCUCACCACCCUCACUGCUUCAGCCCCCACCACUCACCACUCUCACUGCUUCAGCCCUCACCACCCUCACUGCUUCAGCCUCCACCACCCUCCACCCUCACUGCUUCAGCCCCCACCACUCUCCCCCUUCAAUGCUUCAGCCCUCCCCACCCUCACUGCUUCAGCCCCCACCACUCUCCCCCUCACUGCUUCAGCCCUCACCACUCUCCCCCUCACUGCUUCAGCCCUCACCACUCUCCCCCUCACUGCUUCAGCCCCCACCCCUCACUACCCUCACUGCUUCAGCCCUCACCACUCACCACCCUCACUGCUUCAGCCCCCACCACUCUCCCCCCUCAAUGCUUCAGCCCCCACCACCCUCCACCCUCACUGCUGCAGCCCCCACCACCCUCACUGCUUUAGCCCCCACCACCCUCACUGCUUCAGCCCUCACCACCCUCACUGCUUCAGCCCCCACCACCCUCCACCCUCCACCCUCACUGCUUUAG